UUUGAGGUAACUGUGGACAUGGAUUUUAAUUUAAACCGGAAACACUGACCACAAUUAACUGGUUUAGAUGUCCCUUAAGGUCCAUGACACACGCACAGGCACAAACACACACGCACACAAACACACACACACGCGCGCGCGCACACACACACACACACACACACACAAAGUCACAGGGAGGGAGGAUCUCCGCGCGCUCUCUUUUUCAUCCCUACUCCGUGUGUCGGUCACCGGAUCCUCGUGCGUCGCGGGCUCGUGCUGGAAGAUAAACCAGAGCUCCACGCGCGUGUGGAAGGAUAACGGCGCGAGGAUCAACAGGAGGUUUUAACGAGGCUCGCCGGGAGAGGAGAGGAGUCACCGGACACUUCUGAGAAAAACCUCCGCUCUCUCCGUCAUGUCUGCCCGGUGCUGACUCCACAUCUGCUCGGUACCGCCCGGAUCCACCGUUUGACCCGGGAUAUCUGCGCUGUGAACGUUUGUGCUGCAUCAUGUAUCCCUCCGCUGUCGGUGUGUGCGCGCGCUGCAGUCUGUUCCUGGUCCUGGUUCAGGUCCUGGUCCAGUUCCUGGUGCUGGUUUGUCCUGCUGCAGGAUACAGUCUGGAUCAGGAGCACAGUCUGGAGUUCAGCGGUCCCUCCGCCUCCAUGUUUGGAUACUCAGUCCUGCUGCAUCGCCACAAAUCUCACAAAUGGUUAGUGGUUGGAGCUCCAGUAGCCAACUCAUCCUCCAAUCCGACAGUUCAAUCUCCAGGAGCCAUUUUCCGCUGCAACAUCACUUCAGAGACGCAGCACUGCCAACACAUGCAUGCCGAUGUGUCGAACUGUGGGAAGACGUGUGAAGCAGAAAGUGAUCACCAGUGGCUGGGAGUCAGUCUGUCCAGACAGCCCGGAGACAAUGGAGGACACAUCCUGGCAUGUGCUCACCGCUGGAAGAACGUCUUCUACUCAAAGAAGGACAGUCAGAACAACAAGCUGCCUAACGGAGUGUGUUAUCGCUUUGGCAGCGACCUGACACAUGGUCAGCCCAUGAUCCCCUGCUACAGAGACCACCAGAGGAAGUUCGGGGAGGAUUACGGGUCGUGUCAGGCUGGUAUCUCCAAUUUCCUGACAGAGGAUCUGAUCAUCAUGGGGGCUCCAGGGACGUCUUAUUGGACGGGUUCAGUUCUGGUCUUCAACACGUCCAGUCGAGGGAUGUCAGUGUACCUCGAUGAUGAGGCUGGAACAGUCAGCUUCGGAAGCUACCUGGGUUACGCUGUUGGAGCAGGUCACUUCCUGAGUCCUGCUACGCUGGAGGUGGUGGGUGGAGCCCCGCAAUAUAACCAGAGAGGAAAGGUCUUCAUCCUCACCGUGGACAACAGUUUGCUGAAGGUUGUCUCUGACGUGUCUGGAAAAGAGCUGGGAUCAUACUUUGGCUCCAGUUUGUGUGCGGUGGAUCUGAACGCUGAUGGUUUGUCAGAUCUGUUGGUCGGCGCUCCCUUGGCGACUGGGGCCGCCAGGGAGGAGGGGCGAGUGCACGUUUACAUAAACCAGGGAAAGGCGGAGCUGUUGGAGGCGGAGUUUCAGCUGACUGGCAGUGAUGCGUAUGCCGCUCGGUUUGGAGAGACCAUCGCUGACCUUGGAGACCUGGAUGACGAUGGUUACCAUGAUGUGGCAAUUGGUGCCCCACAUGAAGACGACCUGAAAGGAGCUGUCUACAUCUAUAAUGGCAGAAAGGAGGGAAUCUCACCAACUCCAUCUCAGAGAAUUACUGGAUCCACCCUGGGUCGCGACCUCAGGAUGUUCGGCCAGUCGCUCAGCUCUGGCAUUGACAUCGAUGAUAAUGGCUACCAGGAUGUGGCGGUCGGUGCAUUCCUCUCGGACGCAGCUGUGGUUCUCAGGACCCGUCCAGUGAUUCAGGUGAAGGCGUCUCUGACUCUGCCUGAGCAGAUUGACCAGCAGGUGUCGCUGUGCAGAGAACACAACACUCCAACUGUCUGCUUCAAUGUCACCGUCUGCUUCAGUGUCCGGUCCCGACAUUUCAAAGGAGCCAUAGAUCUUCAGUAUAAUUUGACCUCUGACCUCCUCCAUAAACCAUCCUUCCCUCAUCGUUUCUAUUUCCAUGGUAACGGGUCAUCCAACAGCACUAGGGGUCUUGUGAAAACCCGACACGGCCAGCUUACGUGUACAACACACGUAGCAUACCAAAAGAAGGACGUGAGGGACAUUUUUACUCCGAUCCAGUUUGAAGUUUCCUACGGUCUCAGAGAAACAAGCACUCACAGAGCCUCCUCCAAACCUUUCCCUCCGUUAAAACCCAUCCUGCAGCAGGGCACAGGGCACCAGAACACCAUCACCAACCAGACUCGGUUUGCUCGUUCCUGUUCCCUGGUGAACUGUUCGACCAACAUGCAGCUGUCGGCCGAACUAGUGCUGCCAUAUCAGCAGCAGUACUUCGCUCUCGGCUCUGGACAGACCAUCAUGUUGAAAACCUUGAUGGUGAACUCCGGAGACGACGCCUUCCUGCCGCGACUGAUGCUGUAUUUCCCAAACAACAUCCAUUACAUUAAAGUUCUGCAGAACCAGGACAACCUGGUCAGCUGUGAUGUCACACAGGACAUCAACAGUACAAUGGUGCUGGUCGACUGCAGCAUCACCAGCCUCCGGCUCCCAGCACAAAGCCAGCUAAAUAUCAACUUCCUGUUGGACGUGAACCAGAACAGCACGUCCGGUGACAUCGACAUCCAUGUCAACACCAGCAGUGAUAACUAUGAGAGGGCGGAGUAUCUCCAUGACAACUCCCUCAGUCUCCUCCUUCCUCUUAAAUAUGGAGUCAACAUCAACAUCCACGGUUUUGUGACUCCCACAUCUUUUGUGUUUGGAGAUGAAGACUUGACACCAGUCAACUGCUACUCUGAAACUUUUAACUACACAUACAAGGUUUUAAACUCUGGACCCAGCAGGUCAAUAGAUACCGUGGUUGAGAUUGCGUUACCGAAGAUUCUCACACCGCACCGACACAGACUGCUGCAGGUGGUCGACUGGAGGUCGUCUCAUGGCGUGUGUUCCAUCAGUGACACGACUGUUUCAGUCAUCGAGGACUGCGACGUUCCUCAAGCUUCUUUCAUCAAACAACUCAUCUUCUUCUUCUCCUCCACCUCCACCCGCAGACUGUUCUGUGGCCGUGGUGAUGAGCUGUGUGAGCGACUGGUGUGUCGUCUUGGUAACCUGGAGGCAGGAAGAGAUGCCACAAUCCAACUGGAGACAAGACUGAACCCUGCUGUGUUGCUGCAAGCUCCGGGUCGUCUUGCUAUCAUGAAGUUGGAAAGCACAGCGAUGAUGUCAUCUCCCAGAGAAGAUCCUCACACCAUCCUGAUCCAUAAACAACCUGCAGUACAGGUGGUGGUUGAAGCUCUUUUUACCCAGAAACCCACAAGCACAGUGAAGGUCUUCAUCAUAGUGGUCAGUUUAAUUUUGGGUCUGAUGAUACUGGCUGCUCUGAUCUGGUGUCUGUGGAAGGCUGGUUUCUUUAAGAGGAACCUGCACAAGAAGGAGGAGGAGUUCAGGAGACACAGCUGGGACUACGUUCCUAAGAGCAACGAGAGAGAGAGCUUUUCAUAACCCCAGCUCUCGUGACCUUUGACCUCUGACCACUGGAUGGAGCUCACAUUGUGACUGGGGGACACCAACAGCCAAUGAAAUGUGUCUGGACUGCGUGAGAAGUGUGAAGUCAGAGCCAGCUGAUGGAGGCAGAUAACGAACACGUCUCACGUGAACGCUUCCUGACGUCUGACUGUGACCUUUAAAUUAUUUUGCCGUAAAAAAGAGACUUGUUAGAGGAUUAUUGAAAAAGGGAAGUGGAACGGCAACAUUCAAAUCUGGACCAGUUACAGGAUUGAAACCUGUGAGUGUAACACCAUCAUCGAUGGCCUCCAUUUUGACACAGUUACGUGGAAAUGGACCAAAAGGACACUUCCUUUACUCUCAGGGGAUUGAAGCGUGGUCUCUGAUUGGCUCAUAACUCUAUGGAAGAGCCUCACUUUCUACACAGUAUUUUUAUUCACUUGCUGACCAACGCUCACUGCACUGGUGUCACGCAGGAUGUCGCCCAGACAGAGGACGUCAGUGUCCGCAGCUGGAAAACAACCUGUGUUUGUGAAGAGAAUAAUCAGCGCUGCAGAUUUGUAAGAACAUUUUUAGACCUUUAUAAGACAGAGACAGGGAAGAGGAGUGAGUGAGAGGACGGAGGGGAAGGACAUCCUCAGAAAGGACUGAGGACUCCUCCACGUGGAUGCAGUUUAACCAUUCAGAUCACAGGCUGCAGAUUUAAGUCAAUACCAGAAUUUGUGGCAUUUGUUUGUUUGAGUUUCAUGUCACAGCCGCAUCUUAACUAAAAUGUCACAUUCAGUUGAUUUCCUUAAGCAAAUUUUUGUUUAGAAGAUGAUUUGGAGCGUUGAACAACAGUGAUCAUUACACUGCUGGCCUUUCAGGGAGUAGUUGGCUGAACUGAAACUUAAAAGUUGUGUUGCACCACAUGUUUUUUUAUUCAACACCUUUUUUGAUAGAGCUUUGAUAGAGCAGAAAAUCAUGAGAAAGAGCUUAAUACAUCUUGUUUCUUCUUAGUGGACCAUUGAGAUGAUCACUGAAAGUUGGGGCUUUUCUCCACAUUAUCAAUAGAAACUAGUAAGAAGCUCAGGAAGCGAGUUGCUGCUGGCUGGUUUCCAUUUGGCUGACUUGUCUCCUCAUGUUUUAUAUGACCAGAGAUACACAGCACUGGGUGUCAGGGCAAACUGAAAGAACCGAUUGGACACGAGGAAACAACGAUAACAGCUAUAAAUUAUCUGAAUAAAAUCUAUAGUUGUAUCUUGUUUGUAAAAGUACAUCUGACAUCUUUUUCAGCCUCAGGAUAUUUUAGGACUUAUAAUAGUUAUCACAUUUUUCCAUGAGCCAAGUUGCACUUAAAACUAAAGUAUCAAAAAUUUACAUAAAAACAUUUGGUUUUAAAUUCAAUAUACACAAUAUUUUUCAUUCUAUAGUUAAACAGCUGUCGUUCCUGCUUAUAUAGCUGGUUGUUUACAUCGAUAGGAGCCCAAUCUAUUUCCAGGUCAGAGGAUGAAAGACGGGAAAAAAGUUCUUAGCAGAAUGUAAAACACAAACCCCCCCAAAAAGCCUUAACGCCGUCAGUCUGAUUUCACUGUUGUAACUGUUGCUUGUUUUCCACUGACUGACAAUGUACGGCCAGGUGGGACUGACGUGAGAAUGAUUGUCUUUUUCCUUUACGCAAACCUUUGAGAAAAAUACCAACAAGUGACAUCAAGUCCAGCUUGAAUACUUUUUGCUGUUUGACUUCAGUGACAUGUUUUUAUCUUCUUUAAUUGCUGAGUGUCUCUACAUGCCCACAUGACUGGGAGAUCGAUAAUAAUACAUGUAUUUAUUUAGUGAUUCUUAAGGUGCUCUGAUAUUCUUCCAACGACACAUCAGUGAAAAAAGAACUGAGAGAGGUGGGUGAUGUCAGAAGAGGUGGUUCAGGUAAACACAUUGAGCCACAGGAUUAAAUCCUAGACGACUACUUGUAAAUCGGCUUUUAAAAAUGUUUGAGUUAUUAAAAGUGUUAAAAAGUUUGUUUUAACUUUCGGUGCUCUGAGGAUACAGAUGGUUAAAACAGCUGCUUCCUCCCUUCUCUUUAUCUGCUCAGUACAAAUGCACAUCACACAGAAAUGCCUUUAAUGCUUUAAUAUUGUGUUUUUGUAUAUGUCAAGUUGUUCUGCACUGGAGAGUCUCACGGUUUUUAUCAACACAUCUAUUAAAAAGAAAAAACGAUUUUCUAUUUAAGCAACAA